AUGAAUCUUGAAUUUACUGCGACGGAAACUAUUACGCGUAAUAAUGGUCAAAUUAAUCAAAUUCUUUAUCAAUUUGAAGAAUUUACUGUUGAAAAUGUGUCUCUUGCUAAACUCAUUCCAGAUGCAUUAUCAUUCGAUAAUUUUGUUCUUGUUUUACAUCCAUUUAUAAUGGGAUAUUAUCAACAUGAUGAAUUGAAACAAGCAUUUCAAGUUUUAGAUAGAGACUGUUCUGGAUCUAUUCAUAUUGAUGAAUUGGGAAGGUUUUUACCAUUUAUUAAUGAAUAUGCAACAAGUGAUACUUUGAAAAAUUAUAUUAGAAAAGUUAAUAUAAAUACUGAUGAAAAUUUAAAUUAUGAUGGUUAA